UCUGUCUGGUGUUCUCACCAGGGUUGGGAGGGGGAGGAAGGGGGCCAAGAGAGGAAAAAAAGCUUAUGUGUUGUUUCUGAGGUAUCUGUGUAUGUUUUAACGGACGGACAAGAUCUUCGGCUUUAGACAUUAAAUUCCGCUCACACAAGCCUGAAAUCCAGCAGGGAGAGGGAAGGCCAGACAGACAGACAGCACACAGAGGGCGAGAGGCUCGGUCUAGCACUGUGGAACAAAGUUAAGUGGCCUGAAACAUAUGUGAGGCUGUAACGAUGCUAGCAGCAGAUCCCCAAGAGAGAAGCCCCAGAUAUUUUUCUGAAAAUACAUCUAGAAAUGACCCACUGAUGUUAGAAAGCAGACCAGGUCACCCACCUCUGCUUUCCCUCGGCAAUCCUAUGCCCAGACCUAGAAAUGCCAAAACCUGCAAGAUCCCUGCUGACCACUUCUUCUACACCCGGAACAAUCCUCAUCCCAAGAGGGUGUACCACAUUCAAGGUCUGAAUAAUCAACUUGUCUGUAAGGUGGAUGAUUAUCGUGCCUGCAACAAAGAAGCGACUAAACCACCAACACCAAAACAAGAGUUCAUCAAACCACCACAGCCAACUGCUGCAAAUAUUCCCAUAACCACUCCUUAUCCAGCACAUACCAUCACAGGAAUACCACAACCCCCAUGUAAAGAAGAAGAUAUCGGCUUGUUACAUUCCCAAGCUUGGCGAGAGGAACUGAGGGACCUAACGGCAAGGAUGCAAUUCCCUUCAGAACCGACAGAAGCAAAAGAGGAGGAGAAUACAAAGUCGGGAAUUCAAUAUUCUGGUGAGAGUGGGAACCUGUGCCAUUUUCCGAAAAGGCCCACCUUCCGGUCUUCCUCUAGACCAAGCUCGCGUUCUGGAUGUGUGGGACUGGUCCUGACAAUGGCUGAACAUGAACUUCUUGUCCUGGAGCUACUGUCUCAGAUCUUACAGACCGAUUCAUUCCGAGCUGUACAGCAGUGGUUACUCAUAACAGGACCGAAAGAAAAAAACAUGGUGCUGGAUUUGCUGCGCUUGGCUGUGGCCAAUAUGAAGUUCAAUCAUCCAAACUGUGUCACUACAAAAGAAAAGUUAACUUCCCGUCAGCCAGAUGAAAGCAUGGAAACAGAGAUGUUCCGGGCAAAAUCUGCAUGUGAGAUGCGCCGUGCCAGGUCACAAUGUCAAUGUCAAAAACUAAAGUCUAUUUUGGAGAAAGAACCAGAUAGAGGGAGAGAUCUCAAAAUGCUGGAAGAGACAAGGCCACUUCCUUCUGCUCAUUACAAUCCACAGUCUAAAACUUGCAAAAAACCGAAAACUCUGGGACAAUCAAGAAUAUUCAAUGUGAUGUCUUCACCCAUAUUGGAUGGGAAGUUGUGCCACAGUAUGACUGAUCUAUGUAAAACUUAAAACAGAGGCAGACCCUUUGAAAGAGUUUUCAACAAAUGAGCGUGCAGAGUUAUCAGUAAAUUUUUUUGGAUGGAAAUGAAGCAUUGAUGUGUCAGAUUAUAUUGUACAUCUUCGCUGGGCUGAAUCAUUGACUUGUACGAGCAUAUUCUACCACUGAGAGAAAAAGCAGUAAUUUUAAAGGAAAACUUCAGAGUAACAAGACUGAAACUUUACAAUAAAGAAAUGUAGUUACUAUCCCUACCUCCUUGUACCAUGACCACAACCCUAAAAUCUCAUUUAAGUCACAUCUCACUCACCACAGUGCAGUGCGGACCUAAACAUUGAAGAAUCUUUAAGAGAAUGCUCUAAGUUAAGGCUCAACAAGCCCAUCAUUCUUAAUUCCAUCUAACAAAUUCCUUAGCAAAGGAUUAAGGAUUUUAAUCAGCAUUGCUCAUCCUACAAUCUUGGAUGCACCAGCAGCCUUUAUUUAAAAAAA